AUGACUUCAACCACGACUGCAAUCGAGCUUGCUACUGGCUCAGCUCCCAGUCCAGCAUGGAGUUUGCGCAAUUCCAACCCUAGCAAGACCCAACCAUCCAAGACAUUCACCGUUACCGACCAAGUUCUCGAAGCCUCGCGAGAGGCCGACUCAACGGCCCCUGAAGGAGGGUACGGCUGGGUGAUUGUAGCCAGUGGCUUCAUUCUACUUUGGUGGUCCCUCGGCACGACAUACGCUUGGGGCGUGAUGCAGACCGCCUUGGUCUCUGAUGACUUGGCCGAUCCCGCCGUGCUCUCCUUUGUCGGGUCGUUGCAGGCGGCGUUGAUCUCAGCUCUGGCAAUCUCCAACUCCUUCGUGGUGCGAAAGACGGGAGUCCGUGCUGCGGCAAUGCUAGGUGCAGCUUGCAUGGGUGGGAGCGAGAUCCUUAGCAGCUUCACGAGCAUCCUGCAGCUAACCUCGAAUACGAGCCAGGUCAUUUCGACGGUCCCGUCACAAUACUUCAGCACCAGACGAGGGCUGGCCAAUGGCUUCAUGUUCGCUGGAAGCGGUUUCGGGGGCGCCGCAAUCAGCUUUGCAUUAGACUCGUUGAUCCAAAAGCUGGGUAUUGCAUGGGCAUAUCGCAUCCUCGGCCUCAUGACGCUCUCGACGGGUCUCCCGGCUGCAUGGCUCAUGAAAGAGAGGAUCCCGGUUGAGAGGCGGGAGUUUAUUGAGUGGAAACUGUUCAAAUCUCCCACAUUUGUGCUCAUAUUCGUAGGGAGUGCAAUUGGGACCUUUCCUUUGUUUGUUCCACCAUUUUUUAUUCCAUUAUACACGAGAUCACUCGGCCUCUCCACAAACGCCGGCGCCGGCUUGGUUGCGGGCUUCAGCCUAUCUUCCGCAGCUGGCCGUAUUAUAUCUGGCUUUGCGUCCGAUAAAGUCGGCUCUAUCAACACCGUACUCGCGUCUCUGGUCUUAACUGCCGUCACUAUGUUGGCAAUUUGGCCAACAUCCACAACGCUGGGGCCGCUGAUCGCCUUUGUCGUUAUAAACGGCGCUGCAAAUGGGGCUUUCUUCUCUACAAUGCCGACCGCCAUUAGCAAAGUUUUUGGGAGUGCCAGAGUGGCUGUUGCUAUGAGCAUGGUGGUGACUGGCUGGGUUGGUGGUUAUCUCAUGGGGGCUCCAAUCGCAGGCUACAUUCUAGAGAGCUUCGGUGGUGCUGAUGGCGGUUUGCACGCAUACAGACCCGCCAUGUUUUAUGCCGGCGCACUUGCCCUUGCUUCUGGAGUCUUCAUCUUAGGCGCUCGAUUUUGUAUUAAUAGAUCUCUUCUGGCUAGUGUAUAA